AUGGCGCCCUCGCUCGAAGAACCAACACAAGUCGACUUCGAUGCGCCUCUCCAGAAGGCGCCGAAGCUCGUUGCGCCCGAGCCCGAACACUGCCCCGGCCCGGAGUCGCUCCAGGCAGGCAAAGCAGACAACUGCGCUGGCUGCCCGAAUCAGGCCAUCUGCGCCUCGGCGCCCAAAGGCCCCGACCCCGACAUCCCCCUCAUCACGGCGCGCCUCGCGUCGGUCCAGCACAAGAUGCUCGUCCUCUCCGGCAAAGGCGGCGUCGGUAAGAGCACAUUCAGCGCCAUGCUCUCGCAUGGCUUCGCCUCCAACCCGGCCUCAACCGUCGGCCUGAUGGACACGGACAUCUGCGGCCCGUCGAUACCCAAGAUGAUGGGCGUCGAGGACGAGACGAUCCACGUGACCGCCGACGGCUGGGAGCCCGUGUGGGUCAGCGAGAAUCUCGGCGUCAUGAGCGUGCAGUUUAUGCUGCCCAACCGCGAUGACGCCGUCAUCUGGCGCGGGCCCAAGAAGAACGGCCUCAUCAAGAAGUUCCUCAUGGACGUGUGCUGGGGCGAGCUGGACUUUCUGAUUGUCGACACCCCGCCGGGCACCAGCGACGAGCACCUCAGCGUCAACUCGUUCCUCAAGGCCAGCGGCGUCAGCGGCGCCGUGCUCGUCACCACGCCCCAGGAGGUCAGCCUGCUGGACGUCCGCAAGGAAAUCGACUUCUGCCGCAAGGCAUCCAUCCGCAUCCUCGGCAUCGUCGAGAACAUGUCGGGCUUCGUGUGUCCCGGCUGCAAGCACGAGGCGCAAAUCUUCCGCCCGAGCACCGGCGGCGCGCGACGCCUGGCCCAGGACGAGAAUAUCCCUUUCCUGGGCGCGGUGCCCCUCGAUCCUAGAAUCGGCAUGGCCUGUGAUUUCGGCGAGAGCUUCCUGACCGCGUAUCCCGACAGUCCCGCCUGCAAGGCUAUCCAGCACGUCGUCCGCAGGGUGGGAGAGGAGCUCGGGCUUAGCGCUGCGCACGUGCUUCCUGAAGAGCAGGAGUAG